UUCCACUCCACUCUUCACUCGGGCACACGCAGCUGAGUCCUUUACUACAUUUUCUGCUCGACAGAAGACAGGCGGUGCUGAGAAAAUGAGAACAGGUUUUCUCCUGGUGACUUUGUUCCUCAUCAUGAAACUUCGCUGCAGCCAGUCAAGAUGCGAAGAGUCCGGAUCGCGCAGAUCAACUUCAGACCAGACGGUUGGCAUGGACAACCUCAAGCGGAACAUUCUGAAGCGGUACAGCGACUUGGAUUACGACAGCUUUGUGGGUCUGAUGGGCAGAAGAAAUGCCGAGGAAAAUGCUGUACAGUCGCCACAAAAGAGAGAAAUGCAUGACAUCUUUGUUGGUCUUAUGGGAAGGAGAAACUCGGAGUCUGAUAAUGGUCCCUGGAGGAGAGAGUAUCCAGACAGGAGAGGCGUCUUUUUCAACAAGUGCAGACUGAGGUUACUUCAGGGGCUGUAGACGUUCCUGCUGAAACAACUGUCGUGUUGCCACGAUGACAGCAGAUCACAGAGAAACAACCAACUAAAUAUCUGAUGGAAACGACUAAACAGACGUGAUUCACACUGUACACGUGCCAACUGGAUUAUGAACACGACCGUAAACCACGCAGAUUGUAUUUGUUUUAUCUGAAGACGAAGCAUAAUUACAUGUGAUAAAUUCUAUUUCUUUAUCAUGUUAUUCUUUUCCUUCAAAGUU